AUGACUAUUGCCAUCUCACUACACCAGUCUAAAGAGCUCUCCCCAGAAGAAAAGGAUUUACGAAUCUAUUAUUAUCCGUUUACUUACUUCCACAGUGUACUAUCUCGUAAAAUUCAAAAAUGCUCGAAAGUAACGGAAAAAGAAAUGGAUAUGCUGAAGGAAAAACUUACUGGUGAAUGGAAAUGGAAGCAAUAUGAAGUUUGUGAUAAACUAGUUGAAAAUUGUACAUUUAAGCUGCAACUAACAUUUAUAACGAUGUUAUUAUGUGCUGUCGUAUCGAAAGAUAUUCUGGACAUGGCAAGACUGGACUUCUGGAUUCAGUGUUGUAUUUUUGGAAUCGAGUCUGUUUUGUUUCUAGUCAUUGUUCAACAACUAUGGUGUCAACGCAGACAAAUCAAAUCUGAAUGUGAAUCUGAAAAGAAAAUUAUAGAAGAAGAUAUUGAGAACGGAUGCAACACUCGGUUUUGUUUUGAUUCACAUAACAAGUCCGACAAAGAGCAACUGAUGAUACUCAAGAAUUUGUAUUCCCAAGAAAUUGAUCCUUUGAAUGAGAAGAUUCAACUAUUGCACAAUCAAACAUUCUGCUGGACAAUGUUCUCAACAUCUGUGAUCAUAUUAUUUUGUUGGUAUUGUGCUGCUCAACCCGUGAUGAAAGCAUUCAAAACCGGCAGUAACGAAGACAUAAAGCUUGCGAGAAGAAGUGUCGCCUUAGCCGUCUGGGUCACUCUCCAAGUGUCGGCAAUUACCUGGAAGGAAAUUGUAGGCAAAGGCAAUAGGAUUUUCUUCAACUUUCUGAGAUAA